AUGGGCCAAGAAUCCUGCAUCUUCCAGAUUGCUGCUUCCCUAGAGGGACCUGACAAGGGACUACCCUACUACCGCAUCGUGCGCCUCCGUGAAUUUGCUGGGAUUGUACCCCGCACGACUGUGAUGAUGGCUUACCGUGAUCUGGAGGAGAUCCAAGGUGCUUACGUGUACCAAGAAGCUACCAACCGUCUUCCCCUCGGAGCUAAGGCUUACUUGGAAGAACCCACCCCCCAAAUGUCCGCCUUGGAGUUGCGUACUGAGCUUUCACGUGCCCAGGCUAAGACCAAAGAGCUGACUAAGACCAUCGAGAACAAGGAUGCCCAAGCGGCUGAGGGAGCUAGCCUCACUGAUGAGCAGAAGGCAGCAAGGGCGGCCCAGCGCGCCAAGGAGCAAGCUGGGAAGAAAAAGCGCGAACGCAAGGAAAAGGGAAGAGGAGCGGAAAAGACGCGAGCAUGA